AUUAUAACUAACUUAUUAAUUUUUAAUUCCAAUGAUUUUCCAUCAACGAUUUUCUAGUCCUUUUCCUUCCUCCUUCUUUUCUAAGGAUAUAUAUGGGAGCUCAAUGCAACGCCUUAGAUACGUUCACUCACACUCCAAUCCAACCACAAUUUUAGUCACACUUAACUAGCUACCAUUUCAAAUUUUGUUUUUCCAACUUCUAAAUUCUCUCUCUCUGCGCCUUCAUUUUAUCACAUGGAUUUGCCUUUGGAUUUAGAUUUUGAUUAUCAUCUUUUUCCAAACCAAAACCUUAACUUUUUCGAAAACGCUGGCGACCCUUUUUCCUGGGACUACAAUUUUGACGACAUCUUCAACUUCAGCGACGACCAAACCAAGGAAUCAUCUUCGGCGUCCAACGUUUCCGCUUCUGUGGGAAGCCUUGAGUUACAGGAAGUAUCGUCCGACAACACAGCCUACGAAGAAGUGUCGAAAAUAACGGAGCCAGUGGCGGCGCCGGCGCCGGCUAAGGAGGGUAGGAUGUACAGAGGAGUGAGGAAGAGGCCGUGGGGGAAGUUCGCGGCCGAGAUAAGGGAUUCGACUCGAAACGGCGUUCGGGUGUGGAUUGGAACGUUCGACACGGCGGAAGCGGCGGCUCUGGCUUACGACCAGGCGGCGUUCUCGACGAGGGGAUCUUUAGCGGUGCUGAAUUUCCCGGUGGAAGUGGUGAGAGAGUCCCUGAAAGACAUGCCGAGUAAGCCUUGGGAGGAAGGUUCUUCCCCUGUUUUGGCCCUCAAGAGAAAACACACUAUGAGGAAAAAGUCCAGUUCGAAGAAGAAGAAAAGCAAAAGCGAUGGCAGGGAGCAGUUAGAAUUCUGCACCACUUCGCAGAAUGUGCUGGUGUUCGAGGAUUUGGGUGCUGAGUAUCUAGAACAGCUUUUGAGUUUGACUUAUUAGUCUCUGUUUCUUGUUCCUCUGUUUCUGCAAUUGUUCAUAAACGAACUCCAAUCUUGUAAUUCUCUUCACAACUGGAAUGUUCUCUGUUUUUUUUGUCGAUAAUAAUAAUAAAUAUUAUUAUCAUCCUUUGUCAGCUAAUGUGAGACUGAUAUCUACUUUUACGAAUAUAGGUAUAAACAG